AUGGGUGUGCAUUUUGAUGAUAAUGCUAACACAACGUGGGAAGCCACAGACCCUGGCGUUUCAAGUGAUUGCGAUGGACAGCACCGUGUGACUGAGUCUAUACAACUGCAGAACUUUUCCAAUACAGACAUGGAAAGUAUGCUUGAUGAAGAAGGGAGAGAAAACAGUAAGUCAAAAUGGUUACUAUUAAAAAGGAAACAUCCUAUACAAAAGUUUAUUGAAAGAGUUUGGAAUGGCCCUGUUGAGCCAAGUGACGAACCGCCUAGCUUUCCUAAACGUUGGGGAUGGCUGAAGAAGAUAGAUGAUUUUCCGCAGACUACAUUCAAAACUAAAAUACCAAGUAAGUUGAUACGACUGUUGCUACUGAUUGUGUACUGCUGCUUUUGGAUGCGCAUUUUUUAUUCUCUCAUAUACCCCUAUCUUAUCAAGCCGCCAUACUUCCAUCCAAAUGAUGGCUCAGAAAAGAUUCCUAUAUUGUCUUUAAGUUGCAAUUCCUACUUGAACUGGGAGGGUACCAAUAACGAAUGUGGUUUAAAUGCUAAAAACUGCGGUCCACUUGAUAAUAAAGAAUACAUGAUCAGAUGUCCAGCACUGUGUGAUAGAGGUGGAUGGACAUACUCCGCCAUUGCCGUAGGGAAUAGGAGAGUCAAAUAUACAGGGUAUGAAAUUGGCGGAGGUGCCCUGUUUAGCGAAGAAGACCCGAUGGUCGUGUCCUACCCUUAUAGAAGUGACUCGUUUCCAUGCGCCUCUGCAGUACAUGCAGGUGUUAUCUCACCAUUUUACGGUGGCUGUACCAAAGUUUCUAUGCAAGGGGCCCAAAAUUCUUUUCCAUCAAAAAAAGGAAUGUAUAACACUGGGUUUUCAGUAGCAUUCAAUUCAUUUUUUCCCGGUUCAUAUUCAUUCAGAGAUAUACAAGGCGGUAUCCUGUCGGGCUGUUAUGAUCCUCGAGCAGCUGUGGUCGCAUUGAAUAUGCUUUUUGGACUGCCAAUAUUUUAUUUGUAUGACAGUAUUUACGGGUACUGGAUAAACACGAUAGUGGGCUAUUGGACUCUUGUAUUAUCUCUAGACCCUCCAUUACUAACGGAUGCACAUGACCCAGCUAGCGUGUAUGAGCUUUUCAGUGUGGGAUUUCAAAGACUUUUACCUUUAUGCUUUGUUUUAUACGUCGUUUGGAAGAGUGCGGUGAAAAGAACACUAGAAAAUGGAUCGCCCAUAGCAAAAGUAAUACUUUGGUACCCCACAUUUUGGUUGGGAAUCUCAAAUAAUGUCACAUUUGACCGAUUACCUGUUGAUAGACUUACGACGACGGAUUUGAAAGAGCAGGCUGGAGCACUGACUGCUGUGGGAUCUAUUGCAGCCACUAUUCUUACAUGCGCAGUUAUACAGGCUUAUUCACUCUGGAAAUCAGGAAGAUUCAAAAAGUAUUUUAAAAUAUACAUUUGUUUCAUUGGCGGAUUAAUAGCUUUGGGAUCUUUGCCGGGACUGAACUUGAGGAUACAUCACUACAUCUUAGGUUCUAUACUGGUUCCAGGCUGUGCCACGAGAGGAUCAUCUGCAUAUCUGUUCCAAGGAAUUUUAGUCGGGUUAAUUCUGUCUGGUGUAGCAAGAUGGGAUUUUGCAAGCAUAGUUGAGACAGAUACGGCCUUGUUAAGAGGAGAAGCAGGUGCUUCUUUGAAGCCACCUAUACUGGAUUUUAACGACGAUCAAAACCAUUCUCUGUCGUGGCAUCUAAAUGCAACUGAUCCAGUAAUUGAUCAAAUAGGAAACAUCGACGGUUUUUCAUUACUUUUGAACGAUGUGGAAGUGUACGUAGGCAAGAAUGAGACUGUGAGUAUCGAUGUUCUUCGGAUGGAGAAUCCAGCACUUGCUCAAAUGAUGGACGAUGCUCUUGAUGCCUCUAACGGGACAAUAGACUUGUAUUUAAGAGUGGCUCGUGCCUCUGUACGGUCUCCAACGAAUAGAGGUGACUAUACGAAUGCAGGAGUUUUACAGUGGCCGAACGGAAUGUGGCAAAAGCCUGAACCAGGCGUAUCAUAA